AAAUCAAUAAACGGUUAAACAAAACGACGGCCUGGUAAAAUCUCGGCCAUCUCACGACAGCUGUAAACUACAUACAAGAGGAGACAUGCGCCGCCGCAGCUCCCAGUUCACCACCCCCUUUAACAGGGGGCCAAUCACAAUCGACGAGUGGUAGAGAAAAUGCUGCUGCGAAGAUUUUCCGGGAUGCGCUCAGCUUUCAGUCACUUCAAGUCUUCCAAAGCCACAGCAAGUUGGCCAACACGCUCAGGAAUCGCCGCGUAGCACUUAGAUAUAUGUACAUUUAAAUUAUAAGCAAUUAAAGCCUGUUAAAACGACCGACCCAGUGUCCUUGGCAAGGACAGGGAAAAGCAGGCGAUGAAUUUGGCGCAUAGGAGUCGCCGUAGGGGACCCGGAAAAAAGAGCCCGAUAAGCGUUGGAAAAUCGCUGGAAAAAUCAAUAACCGCCCUUUCAGAAGCCAGGCAGGAAAUGCAACUAUACGCCGACUAAUCAAAAAUGAAACAAAAAUAAAACGCGUUUCCCAAUGAUCGGGAGGGAGUGCUCGGCAACCAGGCAGCCCUUCAAGUGUGCCAGAGGAGGAGUGUCAAAGAAAAUUCACCCGCUUAAGGGAACUCCAGUGCCGGUGGUGAUGGUGGUGGUUGGCAUCCCUUGGUCCACCCCUAAAUCAGCAUUGCAACCCGCUGUCAAGCGGUGGAUUAAGCGCUCAUGUCGUCGUCGUUGUGUCUACUAUUCUAGUGGUUGUUGCAAGUGCUAAGAGUGGGGCCCUAUUGAAAUGGUAUCAUGGCCGACCGAGGCAACACUUGAUACCUAAGCCGAACGAAUGCAACAAAUCACUAAAUAAGUCUUCCAAACAUAGUCAGUAAUUAAUUAGUCUAAGUCGCGAGGUGAUACAGGCAAGUGCGCGAAGUUGCAGUAAACGGAGUAAUUUCAAUAAUUAUACAAAUUCUAAUCCAUUGUCUCCUAAAAAUUAUCCAACGUCUUCCAUAAGGAUACACAAUAUUAUUUAACGCGUUACGGGCCUUACGUAAUGUAGCCCAAAGUGAAACUAAGUAUAUGCUAAUCCAUCGUCUUCCAAUCGUAACCGAUGAAUAUAAAAUUAACCAAAUAACAAAUAUUUUUGUAUUUAUAUAAAGCAUAAAUAUUAAAAUCCAAUGUCUUCCAAUAACAUGGAUUUAUAAAUUUACUCUUCAACGCGUAACACAUUUUAAAACAUAUAAAAUCGCGAAAUUAAAAUAAAACCAAAAAGCUUAUAUUUAUUAAAGAAAUCGCCUAUCUUUGGAAAACAUGAUGUGAACAUAAAGUGAAAAUAUAUAUUUUUUAAAUAAAAUAAAAACUCAUGAAUAAAACCGCGAAAUAAACAUAAAAAUAAAAGAUUUAAAGAAAAAUGUAAAUCCACGGUCUUCCACAUUUAUAGAAUCAAAAAAAUUAGAAAAGAAAAAAAAAAUUUAUAACUCGAAAAAAAAAUCUGUCAGUCUAAGACAGCAUGCUCUCCUCUGAUAUAUAUAGUAACGCCACAACAUCCACGGCUUCUGCGGCUGUGGGGAGCACAACGACUGCUUCGGUGGCCACUGCAUCAACGACCACAACAACGAUGGCAGCCACCCUAGUGCAGGUAGUGAAACCGAAGAAACGCCGCAAGCGACGAAAACGCGCAGGUCACGCAAUCACCACCCCCACCAAAAAGAGCACCACCAUCAAUAUCACUACCAGCACCGGUAGCAACUCGACCAGUCCACGCCACCAAACUGGGGAGAACCUUAGCUCCGCUCCGGUUGCCUCUGCAAACGGGGGCAGGAAGAGUAAGGCACCGUAUUUCCAACACGACAACCGGGAAUACCUGGCCAAAUACGAGAGCUUCCGUUUGACCGCCCACACGUGGAACUAUGCAGCGGUGGCCAGGAAGUUCAAGCCCUUGCGGCCGGCGUUGGCAAGCGGCGCCAACAAGACCAGGCGGCCAGCAGUCUCCAAAAGGUCGCACCAGGAUUGCGCCUGCGCGUGCCAACACAAAGAGCCCGAGCCGGCACCUGAGCCGGGCCAUCGAACAGCUGAGCCCUUCAUCCAGAAGGAGCUGCCUGCGUCACAAGCAAAAAUAAAUAUCGACGGCAGCGUUCUGCUCGAGCUGCUCAAGUAUUCCUCGAGCAGCUUGCUGGAGACACUGCUGGGAGCCGGCAGUGCAGUGGCACGAAGUGCUCGUGACACCCAUCAAAUAGCUGAGGCUCAGCAGCAGAAGAACGCCAAGCUGCGCGAGGCCUUCAACAUAUCCGAGUACUUCGUGGAAGGCAGCAGUUUCGAUAGCGAUCGCAAGGCGAAGGAGGACCUGGCCAAAAGCGUGGCUUUGCAAAAGGAACUGGACGCCCAGCGCGAAAGCCUGGCAGCGGCGGCAGCUGCCGCUGCGGGCAAGGACAAGGAGACUGGGAAGCGGUAUGCCCUCGUACGCACUCCUUCUCGCGAACGGGAACGCGAUGGAGGCGAUGCGGCUGCCAGUGGUGAUGAGCGCGACCACGUCUCUAAGUCGGACAAGAAGAAGCGAAAGAAGCGCGCCAGAGAAAGUUCGGCCAGUCCUGAGCGCAAGAAGGAUAAGAAGAAAAAGUCGAAGAAGCACAAGAAAGAGAGUAAGUCGAAGAAGAAAAAGUCGCGUAAGCGCAAACACAGCGAGAGUGGACAGGAUAGCCACAAGGAUAGUGAUGAUGAGAAUGAUAGCAGCGAUGAAGAUCGGCGCGAGACGAAGAGUGCCAGAAAAAAGGCCAAGAAGGACAAGAAAAAACGAGACAAGAAGCUGAAAAAGAAGACACGCGCCCGUGCCAACUCCACGGAUUCAGAGCGCUCUCCAUCGCUUAAGGAGGAUAAAUCGGAUAACUCCCGUCUGGUAAAAGGAUCCAAUGAGUCCGGUGAAAAGGUUUUGCAUCAGGACGACAAUGCUAAACGCAGCCGGUCUCGCGAGCGUCGAAAGGACUCGAAAGCCCGACCACAAGAAUCCUCACUCGACAGUAGAUAUCACAAGGGAAGGGAACGGUCGGCCGUUACCCCACCACGUAAGGAGCCGGAAAGGCAAAGAGAACGCUCAAAAGACAGGCAGCUGGAACGCUCAAAGGAUAGGCAGCGAUCCAAGGAUAGGCACAGAUCAAGAGAAAGACUGCGUUCUAAAGAAAGAAAUCGUUCAAAGGAAAAACAGCGAUCCAAAGAGAGACAGCUCUCCAAGUCAAAGGAAAGACAAAAAUCUAAAGAUAGACAACGAUCCAAGGAAAGACAGAGGUCCAAAUCCAAGGAAAGGCAAAAAUCUAAGGAAGGACACCGAUCGAAGGACAGACAGCGGUCCAAGUCCAAGGAUAAUCAACGAUCUAAGGAAAGUCCCAGAUCCAGGGAUGUGAAACAAUCUGUCGAUAAAAGGCGGGAUAGAUCCAAGGACAGAUUAAAGGAAAAGCUGCGAUACAACGAGACGCGACGAUCCAAGGAGAGGCAACGGUCCAAGGAAAGACAACGCUCCAUGGAGAAGGAACGGCCAAAGGAGAGGCAACGAUCCAAGGAAAGACAUAGAUCAAAGGAGAGGCAACGUUCUAAGGAGAAACAACGAUCAAAGGAUAGGCUACGAUCAAGGGAAAGACAACGAUCCAAAGAGAGACAUAGAUCAAAGGAGAAUCAAGGAUUAAAAGAAAGGCAAAGAUCCAAAGAAAGACCACGAUCUAAGGACAGAAAACGACCCAAAGAGAGGCAGCGAUCUAGGGAACGUACUGCCAAUGAGUCCAGGCCUGCAAAUUCGCCCAAAGGCUGCAGUCCUAAUAAAAGAGACGAUCGCCGUCAGCGGUCUCUAUCUAAUACGAUCAGGAAAAAAACUGAUGACGCUAAGAUAAGCCUAAACACCCAAUCAAAAUCGCCGGCUCAUUCCCCAGAGGCGCCGCCCAAAAAGUUGCUACCGACACCAGCGUUCAAUCCCUUUAAAGCAGCCGAGGACACCGUCAACGAUAUAUUGGGCACAAAGUCGGUUAUGGUGGCGCUAGAGAAGACUAAGCGUCAGAGGGCGGCUUCCAGCUCUAGCUCGGACUCCGACAGCUCCAGUAGUAGCUCGUCCGCUUCCCGAACGCCAUCACCUAAGCCCACUCCCAAAAAGCAAAAAAAGAAGAGUAGGACGCCAGAACAGAAAGAUGUGAAGAAGGAGGUUAGUCCCAAGAAAGAGCGCCGUAGAAGUGUAAAACGUGAGCGUUCAAGUUCCCCGCACUUGUCCAAGUUAAAGAGCAAGGUAGUGGAAUCAAGUCCGAAGUCGACGAGGCGUCGUUCUCGGUCAAGUUCUUCAGAGUUGCGCUACUCGCCUGCAGAACGGCAUCCGGAACGCUACCAGGACAUCCUCCAGGAUAAGAAGCGUCCGUCAAAGGCUAGGGAAGCACCCGCGACAAAGCCUGCACCAGUGGUGCGUUUAAGGGCACAAAGCGACGAUGCCAGCGAUACCGAAACAGGAGUAGACGGUACUGCCUUGGAGGAAUUUCAGCAGAGCAGACGUGAGCGCGAAGAACAGCAGGAACUUAGAAUGUUAGAGCAGCUAAAGUCCGGGAUUGCGGCCAAGGCAAAGCAGAAGAUCAGGAUUAUGGAAAAGGACCCGGCCAAAGAGGGCAGCGAAGUAAGUGGCAGCGAACUGCUGACGGCUACUAAACGUAACUCGCUAAACGAAUUCCUUGUUGCUAACAAUGUGACUGCUUUGAUUAACCCACUGACAACGACCCCGCUAACGCUGACAACUACGCCGCCGCCUCCCUUGGCGGUGAUCUUACCGCUGGAUCAGCGCAAGGAGAAGGCGCAGUUACGGGAUUCGGAUCAGGAGCUGUCCGUGUCUGUGGAGGAGCCGCUCAAGAAAAGGGACACCAGCACACCGCCCAUUUGCAAGACGUCCCACGUGGCGGCGAAUGGCGAGGCCAAGAGUCCGACAGUGGUUCACAAGAUCCACAUGCAUCACAGGCCACCUCCACAGCACCUGCAUCACCAAACGCAGCAGCAGCAGCAACAUCCGCAGCAUCCUCCGGGAAAGCGCGUAUUCCACAAUCGCACGUUGAACAAUAACCCUAACAGUAGACAUAGUACUAACAACCCUCAUGCAUGUGGUGGUGGCGGAAUACCUCAUUCGAAUCCUAACAAUAGUAAUAGCAGCGGGAAUGGUGGCAACAACCCGGGCAUGCUGCCCUUCCUGGCGGGCACGCCAGGCACAUACAACCGCACCACCAACCGACUGAAUCAUGGUCCCCUGCUAACUGCCACCCACUACAACAUCUGCAAGAACCACCAGCACAACUUGCAACAACAGCAGCACCAUCUGGCCCGUGGCUUAGUCUAUAACUCGGCUCUCUUCGGACACGGACCCCGGCAUCCGGGGCUUCUGUCCCUGACGGGAGCGGGUGUGGGCGUGGGUGGGCAAGGUGCUCCGCUGUUGGGUCAUCCACCACAUGUUCGGGGUGGCGGCGGUACCAUUAGCUUCAAUGCGGCGGCAGCGGCUGCGGCCGUGGCUGCCAAUAGUAUUAGCUACCAUCAUCAUCACCAUCAACACCAACAGAAACCGAAAAUCGUUAUAAAACCCUUCAAAAUUCACGAUCCACAGCCCCUAGUCGCAGCGCUUGCGGAUAGCUCGCUGGUGGAUGCUAUUGUCUCCAAGGUUUCUACGGCCACUGUGGCGGCGGCUGCAGCGGCGGAGAGUGCGGCUCGAAGGAGCCGGAGUCGUGAGCGUCGGAGCCGGAGUCGCAGCAAGCGACGCACUAGCGGAAGCCGUCAUCGUCAUCACUCCAGCAGCCGCUCGAGAUCGCGGUAUAGCUCAUCCAGUAGUCGAAGUGGAUCGCGCAGUUCCAGAUCUCGCUCCGGGUCGCACUCUUCCCGCUCCAGUUGCUCCUCACACAGCAGCUCGGGCAGCUCCUCCUCCGACAGCGGCUCCGGAUCGUCACAGUCCGGCUCUCGGUCACCAUCGAUCCCAAGACGUCGCGGCUCUCCGAGCUUUCUGGACCGACGUCGCAUAACGAGUGCUCGGAAGCGACCAAUUCCGUAUCACCACAAAGCCAACGCUGAGGGCGAGGCCGAGGAGGCCUCAAGUUGCUGUUCCAGUUGCUUCAGCCGCGCCAGCAGUCCUGCCACGCCGCUUCUCACGCCCCUGCGCAACAGCCGAAGUCCAUCUAUGGUCGCCUUCUGAGUGUUAACCGAGUCGCUGCGCAAGAUGUGCGGCGAGUCCUGAGGCGAGAUGUCUCGAUCACUCGAUCACUCUCAUCCUAGUCACUAACACUAGUCACAACUUGCCCCUAAGAUAGUUGUUAUACGCAUUUAACUUGUUUUACACUGCAUUUCGUAUCCCUAAGUUAGUCACCUGCCCAUGAAUUUACUAGCGAAAUUAUAUUGUAGCCCCGAUAUUAAGCCAAUAAUACUUGUACGGUAAGCCUUUGCUCGAUUAUUUGCUAGUUCUAAGCUCCGUUUUAAUAUACGUACAUAAAUAAAUUAUUUGUUGCCUCUCUAAAAA